UGAGGUGGCCCAAUCGUAGCCCUACGCGAUGCCCAGAAGGAAGGCGGGCUCCGCCAAUCCGCGUGCUGCAAGGGGUGGUCCCUAUUGCUAUGGGAACGGGAAGUAGGAUUUGCUAGAGACCAGCUUCAAAGGGGGGUGGGGUGUAUCACCGGUGGCCGGAGAAGAGGAAGAAGCAGCAGCAGAAGAAGAAGAGAAGGAAAGGAAAGGAGGAACGCGAGAGUGAAAAGAAAGAAAGGUCAGGAGAGAAAAUCGAAGGAAGGAGAACUGUGGAACUGUGCUGCUCCUGCUGAGGGCUCUUCUAGCAAGCUGCUACACAUCACUGGGGAAAAGGCUCAUCAGCUGAAGGCAAAGGAAGAUGCUCAGGGUUCUUCUCUCCCCUGCCUGUCUAGCUAUGAAUCAUUGCCAGAUGAAGGAAAGAUGGAGAAGUGUCUUAUUACAACAGUGCAUUUUGCUGCUUACCUCUCUUAUGAUUACACUGGAAGCAGUACCUAUAGACGUAGACAAAACAAAAGUAACAAUGGGAGAAAAUGUAGAGAGUGCACAAGUAGACAAUCCGGAUACCGGGCUUUAUUAUGAUGCCUACUUGAGGCAAGUCAUAGAUGUUCUGGAGACAGAUAAACAUUUCAGAGAGAAGCUUCAGACAGCAGACAUAGAAGAAAUAAAGAGUGGAAAGUUGAGCAAAGAGUUAGACUUAGUUAGUCAUCAUGUGAGAACAAAGCUGGAUGAAUUGAAAAGACAAGAGGUUGCAAGAUUAAGGAUGUUAAUUAAAGCUAAGAUGGAUUCAUUUCACGAUUCUGGCAUUGAUCAUCAAGCUCUUCUCAAACAGUUUGAGCAUCUGAACCACAACAACCCCCAUACUUUUGAAGCUAAAGAUUUAGACAUGCUAAUCAGAGCAGCCACUAGUGACUUAGAAAACUAUGACAAGGCCCGUCAUGAGGAGUUUAAGAAAUAUGAAAUGAUGAAAGAACAUGAAAGAAGAGAAUAUUUAAAAACAUUGGAUGAAGAAAAGCGACACCAAGAGGAAUCCAAAUAUGAGGAAAUGAAAAAGAAGCAUAGCAAUCACCCAAAAGUUAAUCAUCCUGGAAGCAAAGACCAGUUGAAAGAGGUAUGGGAGGAGGCAGAUGGGCUGGACCCAAACGACUUUGAUCCAAAGACAUUUUUCAAGUUACAUGAUGUCAACAAUGAUGGUUUUCUGGAUGAGCAGGAGUUAGAAGCAUUGUUUACAAAAGAGCUAGAGAAAGUAUAUGAUCCCAAAAAUGAAGAGGAUGAUAUGGUAGAAAUGGAAGAAGAGAGGCUACGCAUGAGAGAACAUGUCAUGAAAGAGGUUGACAUCAACAAGGACCGAUUAGUGACUUUGGAAGAGUUCCUGAGAGCUACAGAAAAAAGAGAAUUUCUGGAGCCAGAUAGCUGGGAGACCCUGGAUCAACAGCAAGUCUUCACUGAAGAGGAUCUGAAGGAAUUUGAAAGUCAUAUUUCCCAGCAAGAAGAUGAAUUGCAAAAGCAAGCAUUAGAACUUCAGAAAAAGAAAGAAGAACUCCAGAGGCAACAAGACCACCUUCAGGCCCAGAGACAAGAACUUGAGCAGGCCGUUCAGCAAAUGGAAAAGAAGAAAUUACAGCAAGGGCAUCCUCCCUCAGGACCAGGCGGAGAAUUGAAAUUCCAGCCGCCUGGGGCACAACCAGUUGCAGAUGCUCAGAAUCACCCUGCAGGAGAAAGUCAACCUCUACCACCUGGAAGCAUACCUGUACAAGAAGCUGCUAGAUCAGAUCAUGUCCAAUCUCACCCUUAACCACUUGUGCCUCAACUUUAUAUCAUGUUUUGGGGAGGGAAGUGGGUGGGGGAAGAGGGUCAGAGACUAAAAACAAUUUGGGAAACUAUGUUCAUUCUCAUUUCACUUUCUAGUUGGCUGAAUUCAUAUGGACUUGAAAUCCUAAUUAAUUGUGGAGACUUUCAAAGGCACAAAUGAUACAAGAUGAAUUUUUUGUUAACAGUUGUGGAUCUUUAAAGUCAAAAAUGUCUAUCAAAAUAUUCUAGUCACUGCAUUUAAAUAAAGAGCAGGAGCACCAUGCAACUUUUCAGAUAUGAAUAUUGUUACUUGACUUCAGUGUGAUUUUAUCCCCUUGAAGCACUGUUUUGUUGUUCUGUAAUCUGGACUCAUCAAUAUGGGUAUGGUGACAAGCUAGCAAAGAUGAAGCAGAAGACAAAAGGUUCCUGUUCACAGGUCAUCUUGGAAAAUCUGGAUUGUUGCUCAUGCAAAAAACUACACAUGAAGAGGACCCUUCAGAUAUGUCACUGGUCAUGUGAGCAAAAUGAUAAGGGAUGAGCAGAGCUAGACUCUUUCCUGUAGACCAACCAGUCUUAACAGGGGCCAUAUGGCACCCUGGGGGCCCCUAGCACAUUUGAAGGGAGACAUCAAUGGAAACAAUUCUUCCCACAAUGAGUUUCAUUAUGUGACUUAUACAAUCCUGAUUUGGCCUGGAUUUCUUUCAUCUUGUGUUUAUGGCUGUAGCCAAAAAAGGUUGAGAAUGGUCACUGUAGACAAUGCUGAUCAUUCUGGAUUACAGACCAAUUAAGUAGGACUUGACUAUCACUUGUGCCUUGGAAAAUCUCUCCACCCCACUCAUUUUUAAAUUGAGUGUGCUUUUAAUUAUUUAAAAUACAUAUUGGUGAUGGAAAAGUUAAGAAGAGCAAACUCCUCGCUUUGUCUUGUUUUUUUGAUAGGGGAGAUGCUGCCAAUUUCAAUUGUCAGUGAGUGUAAAGUGAAAAUUUGCUCCACCAAAACAUUCUGCCCAGUUUCAAGCAAGUUUUGGCAUAUGAUAAUAUUCUCUAAAAGUGCCAACAAUGGAAAGGAGGUGUUCUAGAACUGUGGAUUUUGUGAGUUCUUUGUUGCUGACUACUGACACUCUUGUUGGCCUUUGAGACUCAAUGAAACUAAGCCACCUGUGAUCUGAUUUCAAGCAAUCCUGCAUUUUUUUAAAAAAAGUGUAAUUGUAGGAAGGAAUAAUGAUCAUCAGUGAAUAUACAGUAUCUUCUGUUUGCAGAUGCCUGUGAAUGCUAACAUAAGACCCUUUCAACAGAAAUUCUCUGCUCAAAGUGUAUUGAUUUAGUCAACUUUAUUGUGCUGAUUGAAUGCAGUGUCAGUUGGAUACAUCCCCUGCAAGUCAGCUAUGAAGAAGAUACUUUUGUCCUCCUUCCUUUCAUAAUAUGCCAGUUGUAUUCAUCCCUCUGUGAGGUAUGAAAUCGAGCUCUUUAGAUGAUGAAAAAUAUUUUCAGAAUUAGCAAAGUCUUCUCAUGGCUUUUGCUUACCUCCUGCUUUGGAAGGUUUCUUUCAAAAUCAUCAGUGUGUUUCAAAUAGCAUUUCUCAGAUGCUGCAAUCUGAGUUCAUGCUAAAAUACUCAUUAAUUUUACAAUACUGGAUAUAAUUACAUGAAUGUAAAAGGCGUGUAUUUUAGAAAUGGGUAUUUCAUGGAAGAACCAAGUUGGCAUUUUCAAGAGUAAUUCAAGCUUUUGGAUGUAAUGGUUUUGUUUUGCUUGGAUCUUGGUUAAAAGCAACACAUUUGUAAAAUGUUUCUAGUUGCUUUCGCCAUAAUUUAGCACAUAAAGAAGCAUCUAGUUCUUCACAUCUGAAACCCAGUUUACACUUUGAAUGUACCUUCCAAAUCCCCCCUCCCCUUUGUUGGUCUUGCAUGGAAUUUGAUUCCAAGAUUGUUGUAAUAAAGACAGAGUUUCUCCAGAUAUCUGAAGAGAAUAGCAUUAAGAACUGGUGGCAAAAAAUAAAGAAUAAGACUUAAGCACAUUCCUUUACGGAAAUAAUAUUAUUGAAAGAGGAGAUAGCUAGUUUCUAAAAUAUUAAAACUUCAAAGCUGUUAUGCAGCCAUCUGUACACUUUGGAAAAUUGUCAUUUCUUCAUGAUAUAAUUAUUCAUACAGGAUUUCACAGAAUGAAGGCUUUUGCAUAAGAAAAUAAAAAACAGUCCUGCCUGGUCAAAUGCUAGGGAAGAUGGGUAUGAUGAACAAACAUUUGUGUAGAUUCUCUUUUCUGCACACUAGUUUUAAAAUUACAACAAUCUUGAAUGACUUUUUCACAUGUCACUAUGUCAUUGGUGGACUGUUUUCUUGCCCAUUUUAGGGUCUAUUCAGCAGGUGCGAAACACAUGAGAAUCCUGUGUGGGAGUUCUUCCUACGAUGAACUAGCAGCUUGUGGCCAACUAGUCCUUUAAUUACGUUGUCACAAAUGCCAUAAGUUACUGACAAAAUGUGCCAAAAGCUGAAUAGCUUGUGUACCAGUGAGUGCUCCUACAUAGCUUUUGCACAGACAAGGAGGUAAUGUGUGCAGGCUUUUCAUGGAAAAAGCACCCACCCAGCAGUUUGCGGUCAAGGUUCUUUAUAGUUAAAAGCAAAACAGAAAUAAAAAGUAAAAAAAAAAAAAAAGAACAGAUAUGUGGCACGUUAAAUACUUAAAAUUUUUUUAAAUGUGAGCUCUCGUGGACAAGUCCACUUCAUCUUCACCAUCCUUUUUCAUCAUCGUAAUUAGGUUUUACUGCCUCUUGCUCUCCUUAAUUCUUAUCUUCAUCAUCAGUCAACACUCUCUUGUUUUGUGAUCCUGAGGGAAGAGUGGUGGUAGAGAAAUGACUCAGUGGCUUUCUGUAAUUCUUGGCUUCUGUAGCACAACGUAUGGUGACCUAUUGGGGAAAGGAAUCUCUGGCAGCUGCAACCAGCGAUGAUUCCUACUGGGCUGAUAGUAGAUGUGUCCAAGAGGCAGCAGGAUAGUAAUUGUGAUAUGUAUGGCUCCAUUUUUGUACUGCAAAUCAACAGGAACUUUCAGAAACUGGUUUUCUGCUCUUCUGAGCAGUGGAUACUUGAAUCAAUAUGAUCCAUCUGCACAUACUCAGAUAGCAGCUUCAAUAAAGGUUGUGAUCCUUGCCCUAGGCUCACGUAUCACUUAAUACAAGUGAUAAGAAAUCCCUUCUGUGGUUUUUUUUUUUUGUGGCCUCACAGGUAUUUUCAACCCUAAGCAGUAUGCUGUUCUUUAAUUUUAUGUGGUAGUCAUCCCUUUGUUUUAGCUUAUAAAUAAAAUCAGAUGACUAAUAAAAAAGAGGAAUGUUGAAAUCA